UCCACAUUCCUGUGCUCCGUGUCUCCUCCUCCUCAGCUGUCACGUCACUGUAGAUAUAUUGUAUCCUGUAGUCUCUGUUAGUCGCCUUUGCCCGUGACCAAUAUCAACACCCCUGGCCAGGAUCAACACCAUCAAUCAUAAGAAGAGCUUCUGCUGGUGUUGUGUGUAAGACAUGGAGAUCAAGGUGUGGGUGGAAGGUGUGGUCAGAGUCGUGUGUGGUAUAUCCCAGACUACUUCCUGUCAGGAUGUUGUCAUUUCUCUCGCACAAGCAAUUGGUCAAACAGGUCGUUACGUUCUGGUCUUGAAAUUCCGUGACACAGAAAGACCACUGGGAGCCGAUGAAUGUCCGCUACAGCAUCUGAAUAAACUGGGACAGUUUGCUGGAGAGGUCCAGUUUAUUCUCCACCGAACUGGUCCCAGUCUGAGUGCUGGGCAAGACCAAACAACCAGAGUCAUCCAUCCUGCCCUUCUUAAACCACCAAAGCCGGAAUCCAUCAAACACAGGAGACCAAAGAAGGCUCUCACGUUCAGUCUUGGUCCAUCCACAGCUCCUAGGAGAACUCAGUCCAACCGAGCCUGGUCUCCUUGUCCAAGAACCUCACCAGAACCAAGAGCUUCCCUUCUUGACUCUCACAACACGAUACAGUGUGAUGGCGCUCCAUCUUCCAAGGAGGAAGUGUUUAGGCAGAUUUUGCAGCAACAGAUGAUGCUGAAGGACUUGGAGAUUGAGCUUCAAGCUCUAGAGGAUGACACGGAGUGGCGGGAACAAGAAAUGGCCAAUACUGCAAUUUCUGCCUGGAAUUCGGAGGCAACCGAUGAAUUGACCAGACUCGAGCAACUGUUCAGACAUAACGAAGCAGAGCUGAUGAUGAGUCAACUAUGGGGAGAAUCGUUACAGGAAGAAAUAGACAGAGAAGAAGACUUGCAGAGUCGUCUCAACUACGUCCAGUCAUCAGUGGAGGAUCAAAGCUCUCGGAUUGAAGAGCUUCUGGACCUUUUUGCACAUCUCCAGAGUGACAUCGGUACCUCUCAGGUGGACACUCAGGUGGAGAUCUUGAAGCCCCUGAAACAGGAGCUCAAGCAACGUGUGCAGCAGGGAGAAGAACUGAACGACACAUUGUCAAAGACUUCCAGAGACCUACAAGCUGCAGAGGAAAGACUUCGGGGCAGAUGGGAGACGGUUGAGGAGCUGAAUAAGGAGCUGAGACAAUGUAAGCUGCAGCAUUUCAUCCAGCAGACCAGCACUACUCCACUUGUAGACCAGACAAACUACCUACCUGUCACUGAUGCUUACCUCAACAAUGCUGCCUUUAUGGAGUGACCUAGAGGUCAUAAUAAAUACAGAAAUAAAAAUUUAAAAGUUGAAGACGAUUAUUUAAAAACACAAGCAUUGCUCAUAGGUUUCUCACUGAAACCAUGUAAGGACAUAUCUCUUUUUUUAGAUGUUCCAAGCUUUGUUUAUUCACCUGUGGACCAUUACUCACCAUUACGCUGCAUAGUUUUUACUGGUAGAAGAAAUCCCCCUCAGCUUUUAUUGUUCAUCCCCUGAACGCAUCCAGACAUACAUAACGUCUGUUUUUAGAGUGGCUAUAUGGCGCCCAGAUAAUCCUGCUCAGGUCACUUAGGAUAUGCGUGAUGUCACCCGUUUCACAUUGUGUAAUGUAUGUUGUGGACAUUUUGUCAAAGCCUGUGUGCUUAUUUAUUUUGAGUACAAUGAAUUGAGUUCGAGUGUCGAGUCAGCGAGUAACAGUCUUACAUUUAAACUACACUUGAUUUUUUAAAAUUGUAUUUAUUUUGUUAUGUUUACUGUGUUCUUUGUCGUGUGUGUACAUACAGAUUUACUGAAUCUGGACUCACAGAUCAAAAUACAGUUGGAGUGCUGACUUUCUAA